AGUACUUUUUCAAAAGGUCCUAUGCGCCAAAAGUAAACAAACUGAGUUAGUUAUUGCAUUAUAUUCGGUGUACUAAAAACUAUACUAUCCGCUAACCCGAUUUCUUGAAACUCUUAUAUUUUUAAAUAUAAUAUUUAUCUACAAAACAACCUACAACUAUUCUCAAUAAAUUUUAAACAAAAUGGUUAUAGGUCAUUUUACCAACUGGUUGUUCUAUGUGCAUUCUAGUCGAACGUGUACAUAGAACGGUAGCAAAUCGACCUAUGAGCAAUUAUAAAUAUAUUUUAAUCAUCAUGCACAUACGCUCACAUCAAAAUGACCUAUGUUAAAGAUAUAAUGGAUAAUUAAAAAAUAAAUUAUACGUCGUUUUUGUAUGAAACUAAAUUAUUUUACAAUCUUCAAUUUAUGUACAAUGAACAAUAUAUCCGAAUCUCGCGCAGAGUGUAGUCAUCAGCUGGGAGAGAGCAUGAAAUUUUUCAAUGUUGCCAAAGCCGAAAGGAAUAGUGCAAAACGACCUACCCGCCCUCUCUCGAAUUUGACAGAUAGGAUUGAUUGAAUGCGAGCCAAAGGCGAGCAUAAAUUGGAUGAAACAAAAAAAACAUAUUUUUUGUUUUGACACUAGUGAGAAUUGCUCGGUGUUUUGCACACGCUCCGGUACUUCUCGGUUGUCAUUUAUCGGCGGAAGAUCAUUUACGGAAGUCUCCCGGUCCUCUACAAGCAGCGGGAGAUCCGGUUGUCCAGAAAUGGAAUUUCUAUUCCGGUAAAGUUGCUUUGCUUUAGUUCCGACUCAGGGCCUCCGUUUACAGUUGUGAAAAGUUCAAACAAAAUUCGCCCACCUGCUCCAACUCAUCGAAAGCCCCUGGUUGAACUGAACGGGCCAAGGUGUAAUCCGCAAGAUACCGAUGCCAAGACAGGUGAUCAUCGGAUGCCAUCCGAACGGCCAGCUUUGGUACUGUCGUACUUGGAAUACCCAGAGAAGGAAGCGACACCCACAUCAAGUCCAUUGAAGGAACGGACCGUUGCAGAGACGAAACAUCAGAAACAAAAAGAAGAUUCCGGGAAUUUGACCGUUCUUGACAUUACGUUCGGCGAUUUCAACGCGCCCACAUCUACGCCUGAAUCAAGAAUACCUCAUUUGCUGCGGGACUCGAUAGUCAAAGAGAAGAGGUUGAGAAUUUUCCAGCAGUUUCCGUUGAUGAAAUGGAUGAUAGCUCGCUGGAACCUUCUAUCGCAGAACGAUGGUUAUUUGCAGGAUGGCCAGGCCACGCCCCGAGACCAGAUGUCUAAUCCCUUACAGUUUGCAUCCCGAUGGAAGGUCCAGCUGGAGCAUUCCCCGGCGCAAUCGAUCUUUCGGUCCAAACACGAUCUGGAAAGGAAUUGUUGGAUCGUCCAGUUUCGGCAUCGGCCGUUUUGCGUUCCACUGAGGAUAAACCGCAGCCGAAGUCGACGGAAACGUCGACAAGCCCCACUUCGCCUCGGGAAACACCGGCUAAUCGAAGUGAUCAGGUGACGUUGCCGAAUCUUGAAGUCAACGAUUCACCAUGUGAUGGAGGUGAUCAAAGUUUGGACGAGAGUGACGCAGUUCACCUUGCUCCAUACGACCUUCGUCUCCGAGCAGAUCGUCACGGCCGGAAACGGAAUCGCCCAAACUGGGGUGACCUUGUCAAACGUUACAAUCACGGGAUUUUCAUCCCACUUUCGGUACAUCCCGUCGAUCAGCUUUCCACAGUCGUACAUCGACGGAGCAGAACUUUUUACAGAACUUCUCAAAAAGCAUUCGAUGCCGCGAUCCAAUGCGGCUGAUGCCGUGGAUCGUGUUGUGUCGGCAAAACUCCAUAAACAGAUCUUUCAGUCCGGAUGAAGAGGAAGAAGAUGGUACUUAGAUGUAGGUUGUAGGAGUAUGAAGACAAAG